AUUUUCUUUAUUUUUUUAGUUCAAGGAAGACUCUUACAAAGGUUCUAGAGCUGAUUAUGUAUCGACUGAUUUAUUUGACGAUCAGCAUCACUUCUUAUUGGACAAUUUAGUAAACCACACCCACUCGACCCCGCCCCCUUCAGCCUCCAACACAAACCAGCAACAAACAAAGGAGAAUGGUGUGACUCCAUUAAUGGAUGAUGCUACUCAAGAAAAAACUGAAACUGAUGAUAAGAAGAUUUUAGGAUCAAGUGUCCAUUCUCAUACCAGUACAUCUUCUGGUUCCGUUACAUUUGAUGAGAGUUCAUAUGAAGGACAGUUGAUACUACACAGAGAGUUCCUGGAGAUUGUUUAUUAUCUGUGCUCUGAUGUUAGCCUUAGGAAGAAUGUACACCAUCUUAACCUGUUGUGUAAUAAGUUCCCUUGUCUCUCCCAAGACUCCUCCCUCUACUGGAAGACAAUGACGUUACUCUCAUUAUUUCAUUAUACUCAGACCAACAGGAGAUUAAUACAGUCUAAAUUUGACGGACUCACUUUUGACGAAAUAUUCUCCACUACCAGACAGUAUUACCAAACACACGAGCUCUUGAAGGACCCGCCCAGUUCCCCUACAGGCCAGGCCCCCUCAGCCGACUCCGAUACCACAUGCAACCGAAGACGAAACAGCACCGGGGAGAUACUCAAAACCAAACCAGCAGACCACACCUCCUUAAUGAGGGUGGGUUCGUCUCAUUCCGAAGAGAAGCUAGACACUAAGUCCAUAGCAACGACGACCACUGCUAGUGAAAUGGAUACCCUUUCAGAGGGAAGCCUUACUAGUAAUGAGAUGCUGGAGUGGGAGGGGGAAGGAGGGGAAGGGGGUGGGGUCAAGGACGAGGGAGAGAGGGUGAGGGAGGAUCAGAUCCCGUCUUUGGCUGAAGCAGGGAACAGGUUGAGUCAGUUGGAACUUGACGUGGGGACCUCCUCUAGCAUGCCUCCCUCUAUUGUGGAGGUGGUCAUUGAUCUAUGAAUAAUUGAUUAGUUAUUGAUUAAUUGA